AUGGUCAGCUUUCUCGCGCUUGAAGUAAACCUUGUGAUGGUGCCAGUCCUGACUCUCUUCCUGCUCUACUGCGUUCCCAUACGAGCCAUCUCCGCCACAGCAGAGCGCAUCACUCGCCUUGUGGAAGGGUACAACAUCAGCGGAUUGACAAUUAUGUCCGCCGUGGCCAUCAUAUCGUCUUUCUCGUUUCUUUUCCACAUCCUCGAGUGGCAAUCCAAGUAUGCCGCGAAGCAGCGCUUCACCGAUAUCAGCCUGCAGCUGCAGCACGACAACAAGCGGCUGCGACUGGAACGCAACAUGUACAUCCAGCUUGUUACCUGCGUCCUGUGCCUCGCUGUCAAGAAGUAUGCGGCGCUUCUGAGCCAUCAAGAACCUCGCCGCGAAGCAUCCGCUGCUCCUUCUCGCGGAACCGCGUCAACGGCGCACAUGAAGACAGCGUAA